AUGUCGGUAAUAUCUAUCUAUCUAUCUAUCUAUCUAUCUAUCUAUCUAAGUCUUUUAAUUAUCUAUCUAUCUAUCUAUCUAUCUAUCUAUCUAUCUAUCUAUCUAAGUCUUUUAAUUAUCUAUCUAUCUAUCUAUCUAUCUAAGUCUGUUAAUUAUCUAUCUAUCUAUCUAUCUAUCUAUCUAUCUAUCUAUCUAUCUUGGAUUCUUUCUUUUUGUCAUAUUCAUAUUCUCUUUAUUCUUAUCUUAACCUUUCCCUCCCUUGAUUUCUCCUCCAAUAACCCCUCUCACUCUUUUAAUAUCUAUCUAUCUAUCUAUCUAUCUAUCUAUCUAUCUAUCUAUCUUGGAUUCUUUCUUUUUUUCACAUCUAUCUAUCUAUCUCGUUAUGUCCAUAUCUAUCUAUCACAAACAGUUCAUAUCGAUCUUUCUAAAUCUAUCUAUCUAUCUAUCUAUCUAUCUAUCUAUCUAUCUAUCAUAUCUGAAUCAGGUCAGUUUGCAUUUUUAUCCUGUACUGGUUUUUCGCUACUAAAUCGAACAACCUCAUUCUCCAAUUUCUUUUUUGUGCGUGCCAACAUAUCUUCUAUCUUCGCGACCAUGUCGACCUUAAGGUUCUGGGUAGAGUCUGACACAUCUAUCUAUCUAUCUAUCUAUCUAUCUAUCUAUCUAUCUAUCUAUCUAUCUAUCUAUCUCUCUCUAUAUAUAUAUAUAUUAUAUGUAUGCUAUCAUUGGAGGCUUAAUCUCUCUCUCUCUCUCUCUCUCUCUCUCUCUAUCUAUCUAUCUAUAAAAUUCUCUUUAUUUAUCUAUCUAUCUAUCUAUGUAUUUAUCUAA